AUAUCCACAAAUAAUUGAUACAGUAUCUUACUAGCAUAACAUUAUUCACCUAUAAUAUUGAAAUUGGAAUUGAAAUAUAUAAAUAUCAUCAAAACAUAGCGUAAAUUUCCAACUUUCAAAAACCAAAUCCAAAAACAUAUGGGUUAUUCUGAUGAUUCCAUUCAUCAAACCCAAAUUUCUAUUCAUCAAAAUCUUCUAAACCAAACCAUAGAUGAAGAAGAUCCAAAUCCAAAAUUCAAAUCACAAAAAAAACUAGCCCUUCUCCCUCUAAUCUUUCUCAUCUACUUUGAGGUCUCUGGUGGCCCAUAUGGUGAGGAAGCAACAGUAAAAGCUGCAGGUCCAUUUUUUGCAAUUCUAGGUUUUGUAAUUUUCCCUUUUAUUUGGAGUGUUCCAGAGGCACUUUUAACUGCAGAAUUAGCCACAACUUUUCCUGGAAAUGGUGGGUUUGUUAUCUGGGCUAAUGAAGCUUUUGGCCCUUUUUGGGGUUCUCUUAUGGGUUACUGGAAGUUUUUCUGUGGUGUUAUUAAUUUAGCAUCUUAUCCUGUUCUAUGUAUAGAUUAUCUUAAACUUGUGUUUCCUGUUUUGUCUUCUGGUUUUCCUCAUUAUGUGUCUGUUUUUGUCUCAACUUGUUUGUUGUCUUUUUUGAAUUAUUCUGGUUUGGCUAUAGUUGGUUAUACUGCUGUUGUUUUAGGUGUGAUUUCUCUUUUGCCUUUUGUUUUCAUGUCUUUGAUUUCAUUGCCUAAGAUUGAGCCUAGUAGAUGGUUGAGUUUUGGUCAAGAGGGUGUGGAGAAAGAUUGGUCUCUUUUUUUUAAUACUGUGUUUUGGAACUUGAAUUUUUGGGAUAGUGCUAGUACUUUGGCUGGUGAAGUUGAAGAGCCACAUAAAACUUUUCCUAAAGCUUUGUUUUUUGCUGGAUUGUUGACUUGUUUGGGUUAUAUAGUUCCUUUGUUGGCUGCAACUGGUGCUAUGCCACUUGAUCAAGAGAAUUGGGUUGAUGGGCAUUUCGCGAAUGUGGCUUAUUUGAUUGCUGGAAAUUGGUUGAAAUAUUGGAUGGAAAUCGGUGCGGUUUUGUCUAUUAUUGGAUUGUUUGAAGCGCAACUAAGUAGUGCUGCGUAUCAGCUUUUGGGUAUGGCGGAUUUGGGAUUUAUACCGAAAAUAUUUGGUGAAAGGUCAAAGUGGUUUAACACACCUUGGAUGGCGAUUUUGAUUUCAACAAUGAUAUCACUUGCUAUGUCAUUUUUGAGUUUUACAGAGAUAAUUUCUACUGUGAAUUUUUUGUAUAGUUUAGGGAUGCUUUUGGAGUUUGCUUCUUUCCUUAAGUUGAGGAAAAAGUUCCCUACAAUGAAAAGACCUUAUAAGGUUCCUUUGGGAUUCUUUGGUUUGAUUAUAAUGUGUUUGGUUCCGUCUGUGCUUUUGGUUUAUGUGAUGACAGUUGCGACAAAAGUUGUGUUAGUGGCUAGUUCUUUCUUAACAUUGUUAGGGAUAGUGUUGUAUUAUUUCAUGAAUCUUUGCAAGUCCAGAAGGUGGAUUGAAUUUAGUGGAGUAGGAGAUAAAUUGGAAGAAGAUGAAGAUAUUGUUAUAUAGAAGUUGUUGGGUAUGAUUGAUACUUAUUAUUAUUACAGUACUACUUUGGGGUGGAGCAAGCUCUGUCAAUUUAUGUAACAUGUUUUUUAUUAGAGUUGAAGCAGUCUUUGUAAUAAAAUAUGUAUAUUUAUGUGUAGGAGAAAUUAGAUUCUCCUGUCACUGUUGUAAUUUGUCAUGCAAACGUCUGAAUGACUGUAGAUUCAUUGAUUAAUUAUUAUUCUAUUUUAUUUGGAGCUUUCAAGAUCCCAAUUUGUUGUGGUAUUGAAUUAUUAAAGUGUAUGGAAAGACAGAUUCACUUGUAGGGA